AAAUCAGUGGAUAUGGUUCUUAUUAGUAAUGAAUCACAUGGAAAUUGCAAGUAGUCAGAACUCUGAAGAUUUGCCUCCAUUAUUACUCAAGGCUGUGGAGGAAGUAAUAGCUGGAAAAUAUCUUAAUGCUUUCCUGGAUAUACUCCAUUUUCAAAGCACUAAUGCAUGGACACCAGAUAUGCUUAAAAAAAUUAUGGGCUAUUUCCAUGAUCAGGAAGUUAUAUUUACAACUAGCACCCUCCAGAUUUCUAUAAAAAACAACUUGGAGAAUCUUUUAAACCAGCCCAAACAACUGCUGUCAGAUUUUCAACAGACUGAUCAUCAGCAGUUUCAAACUGCAAUGAAAUUUCUCUUCAGCAGCAAAAAGCAUCAUUUGGAAUUGGGAAGUGUUGUUCUGGAUUUGGACGGGAUUAGAGAGAGAGUUUUUCAAAGCCCGGGAAUAAACAGGACAUUGUUCCUUAUUACACUGGAAAAAUGCUUUGUGACUUUGAGUGCUAUGGAAUGUGUGGAUAUACUGAGCCAGAUUUUGCGGGUAUCUUCAGUGAGCUAUCUUCAACCUGCUAUCAUUAGCAACCUCCCAAAAGAUCUUCAGGAAGAUGCUUUCAGAAACUUAUCUGUCGUAUUCAAGGACCUCUAUGACAAAACAACAGCAAAUGCACAAAGAGCUCUGUAUGACUGGAUGAAACAGAUUUUACAAAAAUCGUACAGUGCCAGUGAGUUAAAUGAGUCAGCCUCUUGGGUCAGUGCAGAAAACCUAUGGAUUUUGGGAAGAUAUAUGGUACAUCUUCCAUUAGAAGAAAUUAUGAAAAUUAGUCUUACUGAAAUUAAACAAUUCAUUAGCUAUGACAAUGCAACAAAACAGCUGGAUACAGUAUAUGAUAUCACACCAGAACUUGCACAGGCUUUUCUAGAAAGAAUAAACUCAUCAGGAUUUGAUAUGAGAAACACCUCAACUAUCUACAGGCAAGGGCAUUCAAAGUGGAUGCUUGAACCUUUUGCCAAGAGGUUAGGCUUGUUGGUUUGCUUUUAUGAUGAUAUGGGAGAGAUGGAAGCCACUGUGGCUCGGGUUUUACUUCACCAGAUGAUCAAAUGCAAUCACCUGAGAGGCUUCCAGGCUGAAGUUCACAAGCUCAAAGCUCAACUGCUGGACAUUGCCAUGCAAAACCAGACUUUGAAUGAUACCCUUGGGUCUCUGUCAGAUGCAGUGGUUGGGCUGACUUCAGGUCAGCUGGAAUCCUUGUCACCUGCAGCUGUGCAUAAUGCUAUUUCAACAUUAAACCAAGUCUCUGGAUGGGCUAAAGACCAAAUUAUGGUUUUAUCCAGCAAAUACCUCACUCACGAAAAGGUUUUAUCAUUCCAUAACAUUAGUCAAAUGGGUGCUUUGGUGACUGGAAUUAGCACCCAGUCAUUCUACAGCAUGAACCCAAAGGAACUCUCUCAGGUGAUUAGAGGCACUUUAUCUCAGUAUGCAUCUGAUUUAUCACCUGCUCAACAACAUGGCAUCCUUAGUAAGAUGAUUGCACCUAGAGAUUUUCCUUCAUCAGUCACAGAUAUACAAGGAGCUUUUUUUAAAGAAGUAUCUCUUUCGGCUUUAUGGAAGGAAACAGGUUUUAACUCUUCAAUGAUGAAAGAAAAAGAAUUGAGGAGGAGCCAGGCCUUGUAUCUGUAUGAAUUAUUGUCUAAGAAAACAGCUCCUGCUGACCUUUUAAGUACAGGGCAGUUGGUGAAAGGAGUAACCUGCCAACAGAUUGAGAGGAUGAGCACAGACUCUUUUUUAAAUCACUUCAGGCUCUUUGAAAAGCAUCUUGAGUUGCUUUCUCCGUAUCAGGUUAAUUGUUUGGCUUGGAAAUUUUGGAUGGACUCCAACACGUCUAUCCCCCCCUUCCUCUUAUCAGUUCUUCCAGCUCAGUAUUUGGAAUCAGUUUCAGACUCUUUGUGUGUACCUUUCCUGAUAAGUCUGGGGAAGACUGAACUGGAUCUUCUAAUUCUGGACUCCCACAAAAAGAAUGCAGUCCUACAAAAAGUACAGGAGUGUUUGAAUGGCUCCAUUGAUGAUGAGUAUGAUGUUGAUGUGCUUGGCAAUCUCAUCUGCCACUUACCUCCAGCAGCUAUACGUGGUGGAAUGUCCCUGCAGGCAAUGGCAGCAGCCCUUCACCAGUUCAAAUUCUGCCACCAGCUCAGCCAUGAGCAGAAGACAGAAAUCAAAUCCAGACUUAUUGAGCUGUAUGGCUCCCCAAGGAACUGGACAGCUGAAACAACACUGGAUAUUGGACCAUUCAUAGCUCUUUUGACAAAAGAUGAAUUAAAUGUCCUUGCUGAAAAGUUUCCAGAUACCAUUCUGCAAAUAGCAAAGAUGGCUGGGCCAGCUCCUCUACCUGAAGAGUUCCUAUCUACUGUAUUUGAAACUGUUCACAACUCUACUGUCCUCAUUGCAGCAUCUAACCAUGGGACUGGUUGUAUAGGAAUCAGAGCUCCCUCUUCAGAUGAGAUUAUUAAGUUAGGAGAAGCAAAUGCCUUUUGGUCAGUUCAAGAACUGCAGUGCAUGGGCACAGACACUUUUAUCAAAAAUGUGGAACUCCUUGGGACUGUGACAGGUUUCAACAAAUCCCAGCUUAUUGCUUUGAAGGAGAAAGCUAAGCAGGUUUGGGGCAUGUUGCCAGAUUGGAAGAAAUAUCAUAUUAUUUCCCUUGGGUACAUUGCCCUAGCUCUCAACGAGAGUGAGAUACGGGAGUUGGAUUUGAAUUCUAUUGAUACUGUUGCUGCACUUAGUCAACAAACAGAAUGGACUCCUGACCAGGCUACAUCUAUUUUACAAGGGUUUCUGGAAGACUCUAGUCAGACAGUCAAUGAGUUGAAAAGCUUUCAUUUAGCAGGAUUAGGAGCUAAUCUUUGUGCCCUGAAUACUACAGACAUCAAGUCCAUCAGGAUUACAGAAUUCAGUGCUGUUGUUUCCAGAGUUGGUAUGUUGACUUGCAGUACUCCCCUUCUGCAAGAGUUUAAGAAGAUGGCAGAAUCUGUGUUUGGAAUUGCCACAGGAUGGAACAGCUCUGUAAUGCAUGAAAUUGGGACCAUCGCAGGUGGCUUGCAUGAAGAGGAAUUAAAAGCUCUUGAUAAAGACCUUAUGCCAUACUUCCAGCCAGCAGCAAUAAGACAUAUACCUGCUGAAAUUUUCAAAGUACUCUCCCCAGAACAAAUAGCAAACCUUGGCCCUGAGAAUGCAGCCAUGGUUACCAAAUUGCAGAGCCAGUAUCUCAGUGCGUUGCAGCUUCAGAGUCUUCAGCUGGCACUAGAUGGCGCCAGGACCAGCAUCCAAGAUGCACAAGAGGGUGCAGGCACCACUCAGUCAAUGCCUACCCCAGUCUCAAGCUGUGCUGAUGGCUUCUCUGCUGGCUGCAGUAUUUGGUUGUGUGCUUUGUUUAUCCUUCAUCCCACUUUCUGAAUCAGC